CAAAAGCGAAAGGUGUCAGCUAGUAAAAAGAUCUGGGCUCAACAACCCGAGAGCUUUGUGGCCCACAUUCAAAAGCCUUGGCUCUCUUUGGUGGAAUGAAUAAUCGCCAAUAGAGGAGCCACCGGUACAGAGCCACAACAGUGAGUAGUUCUGCUCACAAUAAGCUGUCAUGAUGAUGACAAGUCCAAGGCGGAAUCUGUUGGUUUGGCAUGGUGUGGCCAUUCUGUGGGCUUUCUGUGUCCUCAGUUUCGUGGGAGGAUUUUCAUUAUCGACUACAUCCACCAAACCGACGGCUAAUAAAAAUCCACAUAGCUUAUUGCUCUUUGCAGUCGAUAACAAGAAUGAUAAUGACAAUUCACAUCCCUUUUUUGCCAUUGACGAAGAUGAUACCCCUCUACCAUCACCCACCUCCACGCCUCUACCUUCUUCCACUUCCUCGCCUCCACCAUCAUCUUCCAAUCCCUUUAAUAAGGACAACGCUCCCAAGGGCGAAAUCAUCUUGAGCCAAGAAGCCUGGGAACUUGUGAUUGCCAUUUGGGAUGUAGCGGGCGAGCUUGCCAAACGACUCUUUUUUGCCAUGCGUCGUACGGCUGCUGGCGCCUUGACGGCAUCGCUCCCCGAAGACGAACGACAAGAAUUGUUGGAGCGAACCUUUGGCAAGCAACGAGUGGCGGCCGCAUUGAGUGUCCAGGAAAGUGUGGCAGCGACAAAAGUUCAGAAAGCGAGUCGACAAGAUCCCGCCCAAUGGCAGAAAGAAAAGGCGGCCAUUUACAAAGAAGCCGAACAAGCCGCCAUGGAUCGGAUGGAAACCGAAUUGGCCAUUCAAAAGGCACGGAUGGAUCAGGAAAAGAAACAGCUGGAACAAGCCGCGCAACAACAAUUGACGAAAGAGCAGCAGAGUUUGGAACAACAACUGCAGGAGGAAAUCCAACAGCAAAAAGAAGCCCUGCAAACACAACAAGGAAUUGAACAGGCAGCCGCCGUCCAAGAACAACAACUCAAAUUGGCGGCCGUGGAAGAAGCUUUGCGAGAAAAGGAAGAACAAGCCGCCGUGGAUCGCGCCGAAAUGGAAGAGCUGGCACAAGCAUUGGAAUUGGCCAAGGCAAAUAUUGGUGUGUCAGUGGCACCAGCACCGUCAGAAGAAGUAGACGAACAGGUAAUAGUAGAAGUUGAGAAGAAAGAGGGAGAAAAGCCGCGUAUUCAUGCCGGUCGAUAUACCCCCGAAGAAUACAGGGAUUUGACCGACGAAGAAAAGGAAGAGGUUCGAAAGUUGAGAGAAAAAGUAGGGACUGAACAACAAGAACAACCAGCCACGACAGCGGAUACUAGCGAUGAUGAGGAUGUACACCCCGUGUUGGGGCCUGUCAUUCAAGACCUGGGAUACAAACGAAUUCAUCUCUUGUCAGCCGGAAGAUUGGGCACCAUUCCAAUUUGGAAGAAACAGCGAAUCUACAGACACCAGCGGGCAAAGGCAAUGGUAGAAGACAAGUGGAGGUCCAUGUCGUUGGGGUUACCCGGUGUGAUUUGCUUGCAUGAAGAUAAGGAUGGAAAGCUGAGUAUCCUUGAUGGACAACACAGAGUCGGAAUGAUGAUGCUGCUGCGAGACAGGCAACGAAAGUUUCAAGAAGAAAACAACGGCAAUGAUGAUAAUGACACUGUGAUUGACUUUGACAACGUCUUGGUAGAAGUCUAUCCUCACCGCGAGAACUAUGGCGACAAUGAUGAACAGCAUGCACAAGAUUUGUUUUUGGAAAUCAAUAAGGCAGAACCCAUCAAGCUGGUGGACUUGCCGGGGGUAGCCAAUGCCAAAGAUCGCAAGAUUUUGACCGCUGCCGUGGAUGAAUUGUACGAACUGUACCCUGACAUGUUCAGUCCCAGUCAGCGAUGUCGUACUCCGAACGUCAAUGUGGACAAUCUGCGCAAUCAACUGUACGGUGCCGAUCUCUUGAAAAAGCACAACUUGACCACAACCAAGAAACUGAAAGCGUGGAUCCUGGAACAAAAUCAGAUCUUGGGUGACAAGUAUGAAGGUAGCGAGGAAGUCCGUGGGACCAUCAGCCCGAGGGCAUGGAAGAAAGCCACCGCAAACAAGUUCUACUUGGGAUUGGAAAGCAACUGGCUUUAUAACUAACAAUUGGCAUAUUUUUUCUCCU